AUGACAGAUUUCAUUCUUCCCUGUGAUGCAUGGGAUUGUCAUCUCCAUGUCCUUGAUCCACUCCGCUUCCCGUUCAAGGUCGACCGCGCCUACACCCCUCCACCAGCGUCGCUUGAUUCGAUGGUGAAGCACAGACAUGCUGAUAGACUGAUGCUGGUACAGGCCUCCAUAGAGGAUGGACAUGCGGGGCUUCUGGCUCAUCUAAAAGAAUGUGAAAAUCUAUACCCAUCAAUUAUCAUUCGCGGAACUAUCUGCUACCACCAAAAUAUCCUGGAGAUGACAACAGAAGAGUUCGACUAUCUACAUGACGCUGGCGUGCGGUGCGUUCGCAUUCAUGGAAUCUACGGUGAAAGCAGUAAACGAUGGGAGCAUGUGCUGGAGCAAGUGAGAGAACUGUCGGCCUCCUAUGGAAUACGAGAGUUAGGGUGGACCAUUUCGGCUCAGCUUCCGUUGCGAGCCUGGGCGUCCUUGAAGUCUUUUAUACUGGAUCAUUACGACACACCGAACGAUGUGAUCCUCAUUGCGGAGCAUAAUGGCUGCGCUGAGCCGACUGAUAUUGACAGUCCUGAGUUUGGCGACUUCCUGGACAUGUUGGGGUCCGGGAAGCUGUAUGUCAAGAUCGGUGCUCUAUAUCGUCGCAGCCCUGAUGACUUCCACCAGAUGAAAGGCAUCAUCCAGGCAUUGGCAAAGAAAGCACCCGACCGUCUUCUUUGGGGAAGUGAUUGGCCACACGUAAUGACAGGUGCUGAGAUGACCUCGGCAGGAAGUGUAGAGGCGGAGCUGUUUACGCUGCGGGAAUGGUUGUCCAGGACUGAGUGGUGCAAGAUGUUUGUUCAGAAUCCAAGGUUGUUGUUCGAUACAAGGGAUAACUAUAGGUAA